GUGUGUGUGUGCGUGCGCGCGUGUGCGUCCUCAAACCUUCCAACCCUCGCUCUGAGUAGCACCAAGGCACCCCAGCCCACCCCUCACCCCUGCCCAGGGCUGAAGGUCCCCACGUCCCCUGGGGCCAGGAGGCAGGAGUGGGAAGCUGGGGCUCUCCAGUAUCUCCCGCUUCCCCUCUCCGUCCUCUCCAGCCAUUUCAUGUCCCAGUCCUGUGCUGCCAAGAGUCUGCAGGAAGCAGCAGGAGCAAAGUGUCUCCAAUGGGCCCAGCCUGGCUGGGAGCUGCAUCAAAGGUCAUGGCUGGUGGCACUGGGGCCUGGCUGUGGGGGUGGCUGUGGGUCCCUGAGCCCAUUCUGCCCAAUGCUCCUUGUGCUGGUGCCUGCACAGGGAAGGCUCUGCACACCCCGUCCUCGUCCUCAGCGGCAGCACUGGCGCCAGUGUGGCCUCCCUUAUCUCAGCGGGAAGUCAGGAGCAGGAAGCCUGGCCCAGCAUGGGAUAAGGGUCCCGUUUACAUUAGCUCUUCUGUUGUGGAGCAGGCUCCCACCCUCACCCAGCGCCCACAGUGGGGGGCCCUGGUCGGGCCGAGGGCUAUGGGAAGGCAGGGACCCCUACCCAAGGUGCCACAAGGGGCUUAGGCGGUCCUUACAACCCCCAUGUGGACAUGAGUGGGAACAGGGUCUGCAAGGAUGGUGCCCUGCUGCUGUGCCACAUGACUUCCCCCUGCCCAGAUCAGCUCCUCCAGCCGGACCCUGCCCCAUGGGUGUGAACUGGUGUGGUCUGUGCUGCUGUCUGGGCUCCUAGCUGUGCCCAGCUGCCUUGGUAGCUCUGUGCUGGGCAUCCCUGACCACUGGAGCCCACACGUCUGGUGCCUGCCCUGUCCUGGUGUGGUGGCCCUGGCCGUGGUUCAGCCUCGGAGCUGGCCGGGAGGGGGCGAAUCAAUGAAUUCCCCAAACAGGGAGGUCCGGGGGAGGGGAGAGCAUCCCGGCACAGGAAAAAGUGCGGGCAGUGACGCACGGCUGUCAGAGCAGUGCCGGCCGCCCUGAGAGCACAGCCCUAUGCGCCGCCCCGGAGCCUCGCGCCCUCCUGCGCCACCCACCGUGAGUGAGACCCCUUUCCCCAGGGACCCCUUACCCAGCCCCAUGGUGGGGCCACAGGGGAGUGGGCGGGUGCUGUGGGCAGGGGCACGUGGACCGUCAGCACAGGCAGAUUCCCCAGCAGUGAGGGGUUGGUUUUGGAGUCAUGUCUGAUAUGAUCUCCGGGAUGCCAGUACCCCUCGAAGUGGCACCGUGCCCUCGCGGUGGGGACGGCAGCAAUGUGGGGCACAGGCAGCGGCAAAUCCAGGCAAAGCAGCCUCGUGAGAGGACACAGGAGGAUGCAGCAGGUCCCCACCAGGACCCCCUGCAGCCACAGCGCUCUUGCGGGAGGUGACGGAGGUGACGCCUGUCCCUGUCCUGCAGGUGGUCCCCACUGCCGCCCCAUGUUCCGCUCACGCCGCACGGGGCUCGUGCGGCGGCUGUGGCGGCAGCGCUGUGCAACAGCGGGCCCCGAGGACGGCCCCAGCACCCUCAAACCAGCAGCUCAUGCCCUCUUCAAGAAGCUGAAGGAUGAGGAUCUGGAGCUGCUGGUGCUGGCAGUGGAGAGCCGGGGCGCUUGGGAGUCCAGCUGUGUUUGGGCACCACGGGGGGAUGCGCGAGGGGCCAAGCAGGGGCUCCCCCCUCAAGUCCUGCUCUGCCGCCUCUUCCGCUGGCCCGACGUUCACCAGCCCCAUGAGCUCAAGCACCUCUGCUACUGUGCUGGGCACCGGGGGGUCUGCGGGGACUUGGCUGCACUCUGCUGCAACCCCCACCACUUCAGCCGCCUGGCUGUACCUGAGACCCCACCACCCUCCUACUCGAAGGCAUCCUGUGGUCCCUCCUGGCCAGACGAGCCCCAGCACCCUGGCACUCAGCUCCUAGAGUUCAGCUGCAAAGGUGGGGACUGGCACGACACCAGCCUCUCACAGAGCACCAUCAAGGAUGGCUGCUGGUGCAAACUGGCUUACUGGGAGCACCGGACACGUGUGGGCCGCCUCUACGCCGUGCACGAAGCAUCAGUGAAUGUCUUCUGUGAGCUGCCAUGGGGCAGCGGGUUCUGUCUGGCCCAGCUGCCGGCUGCCCACCGCAGCCGUGCUGUCCGGCGGGCACGUGGCAAGAUCGGCCGGGGGCUGCUGCUGAGCCGGGAGCCAGGCGGCAUCUGGGCCUACAAUCGCAGCAAGCACCCCAUCUUCGUCAGCUCGCCCACCUUGAGCCCCCCCGGGGCCCGCAGGCUCACUGUCCUCAAGGUGCUGCCUGGCUACUCGGCAAAGGUGUUUGACUAUGAGCAGGUGGGGGGCAAAGGGGGCUGGCGGCUCCCCGGGGAGGGGCCCUCCGACCCCCACAGCAUCCGCAUCAGCUUUGCCAAGGGCUGGGGACCCUGCUACUCCCGGCAGUUCAUCACCUCGUGCCCGUGCUGGCUCGAGGUCCUGCUGAACCAGCUGUGCUAAGGGGCUGGGGCCUGUGGGGGGAUGUCAGGGAGCUCGCCCAGAGCAGGUGCACAAGCCAGGGGGCCCCUCCACCACUCUCCAGCCUUUGUCUUCCAGGGCUGUGCUGUAGCAGGACUGUCCUGACUCUGGGGACCCUCUGCCCUAGCCCUGAGGGGCAGUGCCCCCUGUGCCUGGCUCACCACCCUGCCAGCACCUGCUGCCCCCAACCAUGGGGCUCUCAGUGACACGAGGAGCUAUUUAACGUAUUCUUUUAAUUUUAUUACUUUAAUAGUUAAAUAUAUAUUAAUUUAUCUAUUUUUGCAAAACAAACCAAGGUGUGAGGCAGGAGUCCCCGCAGGCCAGGCCAGGCCUUGGGAGGUGGCAGCCAGGGCAGAAUGGGCUGGGGGGAGCAGGAGAGAAGGGAGGUGGGACAGAGUGGGGGGCAGGAGGUGGGCUGUGGGCCUGCCUGGAUGUCACAGCAAGCGAGGGGAAAGAAAAUGAACUGUCACUGCUGGGGUGGAGUGGGGCCAUGAGUACAGCUGGGAUAUGGGGCAGGUGGAUGGGUGUGGGGCAAGUUAGCACAGCUGGAGAGUGGGGCAGGUUAGAACAGCUGGAUGAGUGUGGGGCAGGUGCUGGGGCAGGUGAGCACAGCUGGAGCGAAUGGGGGGGCAGGUCAGCACCCCUGGGGUGGAGGUCGGUGCAAAGUCUCCCAAGGUGGGGUUGCCAGGCCCCGGGCGGUCCUUCAGCCGUGGCAGCGCAGGGACGCCCCGGGCGAGUGCAGCUGCGGGGGUCCCCGAUUUCCCAUGCCGCGUCUGCUGUUUUUAACCCCAAUAAACGGUGCCGCCGGCACCAAGAGAC